GCCACUCUCUGGUGGUCAGCUGUGUGGUGCUGGUGUUUUUCUUUCAAAUUUAAAGUCAUGUCGUAACCCGAACCGACUUCGAAACAACACAACCCGACAGCCAAAUUCCCAGUGCAGGCAUUUUAGGCGGAAAACUCCAGCGGCAGACCGGUGCCCAGUCAUGUCGACCGCUUCGCGAGUGACUUUGGGACUGGCGGUCUCCAUUUCCACAGCGAUCAUAGGUUAUGUGCACUAUAAACAAUCGGCAGACCGCCUGAGACUGCACGAUGGUGUCCUGAGGGACGUUGAGCAGCAGCAACGGCGCAAACACGAGAAUACCUACACGCUGCAGCAGCAAAUAGACAUGACCAAGCAACUGAAGGCCAGGGAGGCGUCUAGCAACUCCUCCGACACGCCCGAACCUCCAUCGACGCAUCGCGCACAGAGUAAUUUUCAAGCGGAGAAGCCAGCAGUGCACAGUGAAGGCGAGGCUUUCAGAGGUGUUCCUCAGGGUGGAACGACUAAUCACGAUGGAAGCCCCCCAACUGACAUAGCUUGAUCACAAAUAUGCCAUUUAAUAUGCACCUAUUAAAAUCUAAGACUAACUCGGGGAAAAAAAGGUUUCGUUGUUAAAAUGCACGCAUUUUUGAUGAUUUAAGUAGUAACCUUUGAUGUAAGAUUUCGUUUUAAGGAGAUUCCCUAGUUGACAGCGGCAUUUACGCUGUUGAUCGUUUUCAGUUGGUGAAGCCAUCUGCGCAUGAAAAUAUAAUUAAAAUAAUGUGGUAAGAUUCAA